AUUCAUGUUUUGCGUGCUGCGGCUCUUGUCACUCAUUCGCUGUGCUGCUCGGAGCGCAUUCUGUGUCAACGGCUGAGGACCAAUUCAUGAUAUUACAGCAACCUGAAACGGGCAAAGCAUCGGCGUCUUUAAGAUAAUAACUGAACCAACUCUACCUAUUCUACACGGAGCAUACCUUUGGAAGAAAUUGCAAUGCUUCAGAUAAGGGAUCUCAUUUGGGCAUUGCUUUUCUUUGGUUAUGCAGCUGCCUUGCAAGUGGAAAUCACUCCAGUCCAGGGAGAGAUCAGCGUGGGAGAAUCCAAAUUCUUUUUGUGUGAAGUUGUUGGAGAUGCUAAGGAAAUAGACUGGUUUGCACCCAACGGGGAGAAGCUCCUGCCAGGCAGACCAGACAUCAGUAUCAGCAAGAAUGACGAGUUCUCGUCCACGCUCACAAUCUACAAUGCCAACGUCGACCAUGCGGGCAUGUACAAGUGUGUGGCGAAAAGUGGGGACAAGGAAUCUCAGGGCACUGUCAUCGUAAAAAUUUUCCAGAAACUCACUUUCCAAAAUGCUCCAUCACCUCAAGAGUUCAACGAAGGCGAUAACGCUGACAUCAUCUGUGACGUCAUCGGCUCGCCGCCCCCAACUAUCAUCUGGAUGUAUAAAAAAAACAAAAUCCAGCCCGAGACUGAUGUCCGUUUCAAGGUCUUAAACAACAACCACCUCCAGAUCCGCGGCAUCAAAAAGACAGAUGAGGGUGCUUACACCUGUGAGGGCCGCAUCAUGGCCCGUGGAGAAGUCGACCUCAGGGUCAUCAAGGUCAUUGUCAAUGUUCUGCCGACUAUCAGGAAGCGCUACACUGUUCUUAAUGCCACUGCAGACAUCAACCAGGCCAUGACGUUGGCCUGUUACGCAGAUGGCUACCCAGAACCAUCAGUCACGUGGGCACGAGGUAAUAUCGUGCUGGAAUCAGAUGGAAAGUACAGUCUGACUGAAGAUGGGUCGGAGUUGACCAUCAAAGGCGUCACUAAGCUCGAUGAAGGAGAUUACCAGUGCAUCGCUAGAAACAAGGCUGGAGAGAAGAGUGAGGAAGUCUCACUCAAUGUGUUUGUGCAACCCAAGAUCACAUUCCUAGAAAACCAGACGGCCUCUGAAUUGGAGGAGCAGAUCACUCUAACUUGUGAGGCCACGGGUGAUCCCACCCCCAACAUCAUCUGGAGCUUUGGUCGCCGGGUCUUCACAGAGAAUGAGCAGGCUUCAUGGACUCGACCUGAGAAACACAAGAGUCUGGAUGGUAACGUGAUCGUCCGCAGUGAUGCCCGUGUGUCCUCUCUGACUCUGAAAUACGUGCAGUUCACCGAUGCCGGCCAGUACCUCUGCACUGCCCGCAACUCCAUCGGUCAGGACAUCCAGAGCAUGUACCUGGAAGUGCGCUAUGCUCCAAAGAUCCAAGGCCCUGCGGCGGUGUUCACCUGGGAUGGUAAUCCAGCUAACAUCACCUGCGAGGCCCUUGCUCACCCGGCCGCCUCCGUUUUGUGGUUCCGUGAUGGCCUAAUGCUGCCUAGCGCUAAUACCACCAACGUCAAGAUCUACCAUACUCCUUCUGCCAGCUUCCUGGAGGUCACUCCGGAGUCCCAGAACGACUUUGGCAGUUACAACUGUACAGCUACCAAUGUCAUCGGCACAGAGUCAAAGGAAUUCAUUUUGGUUCAAGCAGAUGUGCCUUCGGCCCCCUCUAUCGAGCGUGUGGAGCCGUAUUCCAGCACAGCAAUGGUGGAGUUUGAUGAGCCUGCCUCCAGUGGAGGAGUGCCUAUCCUCAAGUACAAGGCUAAAUGGAGAAUAGCAGGCCAAGACUGGACUGACAGAGAGUAUGAAGUUGAAGAUGGUCUCAACUCGAUCACCAUUGAUGGGCUGAAGCCAGAGACCACGUAUGAGGUCAAGAUAUCAGCCAUCAACGGCAAGGGUGAAGGAGAGAGCAGCCCACCUGAGAGCUUUAAAACCCAACCUGUCCGGGAACCUAAUCCUCCUAAACUGGAGGCAAAGAGACUGUCCAAAGGCAAUGAGAUGAAGGUCCACUGGAUCAAGCAGGAUGAUGGGGGCUCUCCCAUCAAAUACUAUGUAGUGCGCUACAAAGCUAAGAAUCGCCAGGACUGGAAUCCGGAGAUUCGCCUGCCCAACAACAGGGAGUACGUUGUUCUGCCAGGUCUGGAAUGGAACACGGAGUACGAGGUCUCCGUCAUUGCCGAAAACCAGCGAGGACAAUCUGAUCCCGGCACACUCUCCUUCAGGACCUUACCAGAACCCACCGCCAUCCCAGAAACCAGCUCAGGGUUGGGCACCGGGGCUAUCGUGGGCAUCCUCAUCGUGGUCUUCGUCCUGCUCCUCUUCGGCGUGGACGUCACAUGCUACUUCCUCAACAAGUGCGGCCUCCUCAUGUGCAUCGCUGUCAACUUCUGCGGCAAGUCUGGGCCCUCUGCCAAAGAGAAGGAUAUCGAGGAGGGAAAAGCCGCUUUCACUAAGGAUGAAUCUAAGGAGCCCAUUGUGGAGGUAAGGACUGAGGAGGGACACACACCAAACCAUGAAGGAGGAGGACCCACCGAACCCAAUGAGACCACCCCUUUGACAGACCCUGAGCACGCUGCUGACACCACAGCAACAGUAGUGGACUUGCUUCCCUCUGUAACCACUAACUCAGACCCUGGCACUGACAGUCCUACUAGCGAUAGCACCACCCUUACCUCAAGCACUGCCCCUGCAGCCAACCCUAAAGCGGUCCCUAAAGCUACCCCCCAGUCCAGCACCCCCAAACCUAGCAUCACCUCACCCACCUCCCCACAAGCUGCUCCUGCAGCCGUGGCCCCUCUGGUGGACCUGAGCGAUACACCCUCCAACCAGACCUCAAAGUCCUUAGAUGCCCCCCAGCCGUCUGAUUCAACCCCUGCAGAUCCGGCCAAAGCCAAUGGCCAGAGCCCGGCUGAGCCGGCCAAUUCCCCCCAAAGUAAGGACUCUCAGGUACAGGGAGAAGCCCACCAGACCACAGAUAGUGACCUUGCCAAGGAUGCACAGGGCAAGCCCUCCAGCGCACUGUCCGCACCCAACCAGGACGAUGGUAAAAUUGUAGUAGAUGACAAAAGUAAAACACCAGACAUGGAGGUAAAGAAAAACCCGGUGGAGGUGAAGACAGUCCCUAAUGAAGCCCCCCAGAUGAACGGCAAUGAGAGCAAAGCAUGAUCCGGAAUGGGCGGCGAACAACAGUCACAGACAGACAGCACCACACCACCACCACAUCUCAAAUACAUGGGGUUCUUUCUUCAGUGUCUUUAAGUUCACAGAACAAAACACGUCAAGAUGUAUAGAGCGCAUAAAGAGCUCGCACAUAUGCCUUUUGUUUUAUACUUUUCGAUUGUUUCUACCAUUGAAGCCUUUCUUUUUUUUCUCCAUCAAUGCAAGAAGGAAAGAUUCUUUUCCUCUAGUGCAGUCUCCUUGACCUCUGUAAGUAAGAUCAGUGACUUCAAAU